UGUACGUCGCCGUUGCCCAUCGCGACAUCGCACCCGGCCAACCAUGGCGUCCCGGAAGGCCGCCGUCUCCAGCCUCCCCUCGCUCCUCCUGAUCGGCGCCCUACUCCUCGUCGUGAUGGACUGAUGGCGAGCCCGGGCGCCGUCGCCGAGGAGGGCGCAGCGAGCGGCCAGUUCCCUUCGCCCGACCGCACCACCCGGACCCCGGAGCCGUCGCCCAAGAACAGCAGGGCGGUCCGCGCCGGCAGCCCGGCCGUCUCGAGCCUCGGCGGCGGCCUCCCCUCCGCGCCCGCGCCGCAGCCGCAUCCGCGCCCGAAGGAAUCUGACCACAAGUUCUGUUUAUUCGUCCUGAUCUCGUCCUCAUUCUGUGCUGUUUGUUCGGUGAAUCCUAGAAGGACCAGGGGGCUGGGGAAUGUGCUGAUGAGGAGCAGGCUUGAAGCCUUGAAGGACGAGAUUCAUGAGGUCAUCUUCCUUGAAGCUUAUAGUGGUGUUGCUAACCUAAGAUUUGUAGUGAUACCUUUAAUUGCUGCUCUCGCUCCAUGUAUCAGUCUCGGUUGCUACUUUGAGUGCAUUAUUGCUACCUUGUUCUUCUCUAAACUAGUUUAGUGCUCUGGUCGUUCAUACGUUAUUCCAGGGUUGAUGGUAAGUAAUGCACAGGUAAUUCCAUGAUGAUAAGUAAUGCAACAUUAUUGCAUUAAUUACUGCAAUGAGAAUUAUCAAAUAAUGGAA